AUGACGUCAGCCCACGCGACACUCUUGUCGGAGGAGUGUUGGCGUAAGGCGAGCCUUGGCUUCUUCAAGCUGUGCGGGCGGCAGAUCAUGGAGUGUUGCAGCCUCUGUGGGCCUCAUCCAGAGGUACUCCUAUGCGACGGCAUCGCGGGGCUUGCUUGCGCUGACGGCACGCGUCAGAAGGGUGGGCUUGCUGGAACAGAUGCCGCCUUGCUUCGGCCAUUUACGGCGCCUAGUCGAGGCUCUGACGGAGUCAACGUACAAAAAGUCAUGGAGGCCGGAAGCAACUACCUGGCGGCGUCUCUUUCGAAAGGGGGCCUGAAAAAGCGUCUCCUGCAUCAACCUGAGCUCCGGACGCUUCUAGCGAGGUUCAGCGGACACCAUGCCGUUGACCCGGAGCUGGGGAAGCCGCCAAGUUCACAAGAAUACGAGGAGCUCCUGGUCGCGCUUGACAGAGACGACGUGCAGGUCGUCACGAAGUUUGUCACGGAUCCAGAUGAUGCCGAUGCCGACCCCGUUCUCUUGCACUGGCGCCGGUGGGUCGCUGGUGACCAAGUCGGCCAGAUUCGAUCAAAGAACAAGGCGGUGUGCGAGCUGCUGGAGGGCAUCGAGAGAGAAGCGAUGCAAGACGACCCUCAAUGGCCUCCCCGCUGCCCCCACAAAUGGGCGGAAUUACUCUACACUCUAGGCGCACCAUUCUCGGUCUCGGACGACUCCAAUCUCAUCCAGCAUGGAAAGGCCCUGGGAGUCGUCCGCAAACUUCUGCUAGGGGAAGCCGCAAAUGACGACGAUAGGGUCAUCCUGUCCGAGCAUUCCCCAACCCUGCGCCGGCUGCUGGAACACUACGGUGACCGCUUUCCCCCGUUCUUCCAUCCCGCGCUACAUCACAUAUAUCGUUUGACGUUGUUUGCGCGGGGAGCGAUGGGCCUCGGGGUCGGACGGGCGGGGUGGCCGUUGUCGGCCAUCGAAGGCCUCGAUGUUUGCGUCUGGCUGGAGCGGGAGCCAAAACCCCUGAGCGUCGAGCAGCGGCAAGCCCUCGACUUCUGGGCGGCCCGGGCGAAUGCUCUUCUCCCCGGGGUCGAAAGCCUUUCCCCUCCAGCGUCGCACGAAUACGCCCUUCUUCCGCCGGAACGGAUCCUGUUGAACGAGAGGCUCGGUCUCGAGGCGGACGGAGUGGAACCUGGCCCUUUUCUCCGAACCAUCCCUACUGCCUACGAGCCGUUCGAAGACGACCUCGGGAGGUCUCUCGAGCGCAACGAGGAGCAUCGGUGUCGAAGCGGGCUCACCGUUGGGGAAUGCAAUGCCAAGAUCGCUCUUGAAAGCGGUAUUAAGAAGACAAAGUGUCUGCAACGGCACACAAAGGGCGGCUUUGUCUUCUUGUGCCCUCAUUGUGUCAUCUAUGGAUUCCAUGUGAUGCUUCGCGGAGAGUCGCCGCGAGACGCCUUCACCGUCUUGUACACCCGACUCAAUCGGAGAGAUCUUCCUUUGUACCUCGUCUACGACAACGCGUGCAAGCUGCGCGCCUACGUGAUGCGAAGAGAGCCAGCGUUCUUUGCAGACGUCCGCUUUCUUGUGGACAGAUUUCACUUCCACCACACAACUGCCGAGGCACACAAGUGUGGUCCAUUGUACAACACAGACUACUACGACGCUGUGCGUUGGGUCAACACUUCAGCAGUGGAGUCGUGCAACGCCUUCCUCGUGAGGUUCAAGACGCAAGCGUGGUAUAGGAGCCUUGUUGCGUUCAUGAUCAUCUUUGCCAACCUAGUCAGCGGAAGAAAUAGCGACCUGACACGGGUUGACGAACCAAAACUGCGCAUUGCGGGCAGAGCAGACACGUGGAGACCUGCUGUACGGCAACGACUUUUGCUGUACUAA